AUGGAAUGUUGCGAUGCUGCCGCCCAGCCAUACGAUGUAUUAACAACCCCGGUGGCAAAGCAACAACUUUGGGACGCUGGUUUUGACGCGUUUACACGCAGGUCCGCCUUCGCGCCAAUUCGCACGCAACGUACCAAUGUGCGGGGCAAGUUGAACGUUGGCAAAUGUGCAGAAACCUUGCGUGUGGACAGCAGCUCAUCGAACGAGACGACGCGCGCUGUGGACGCGUUCGACGAGCCCCCGCGGUUGGAGAGACUAGCGUCCAAUGGUCGGACGGUUCUUACCGAUGCAGUCAGCAACCGGGAAGAGGCGACUACAUCCCCCACGACGGACCGUGACGACCUAUCUAGUGACACUCGAGCCUUGGACGCUUUACUUGGAUUUCUCUCUAAUUCCACAACAGCUCAGCAACCCGGCGCUCGACAUCCUACCUUGAACACGCUGAGGUCCCUGUACGUUUCCGUGAAACACCGUAAUCAGCUCCAGCAGCUAUCCGCGUCACAGCUGGGCGACCUUGCUGCUCUAUUCGGCUCACUCUCCAUCUCUAUACCGCGCCAUUCACAUUGUACAUAUAUACAUCCACUUGUAGCAUACUAUACCACGGAUCAUACUACCGACACUAGAACACGGACUUACUGGCCGUUCGUCCAGCAAAUCUUACAAGAUAAAAUGCGGCUCGAGCAUACACUGGCGAAUAGAGAUCGCUUUUGGAUAAUGCGGGCGAGUCUUGCUAAUUUGAAAAGCGGUCGAGGGGAAAGCAUGGAUACACAGGAGGUGGAGCGAGUGGUCAAGCAGGCUCGCAACCAAUACCUUAGGAUUCGAAACGACUCGCCUAUGGCCGAAGUUCAUCUACCUUUCCUGAGAGCAUUACUUUUUCUCAGGACUUCGCCGGCCAUUGAUGAAUUCAUACGCACGCUUUCACACAUUCUUUCGCGUUACACGCAGGACCCUCGGUUGUUGAACUUCGUGUGGUCGACUCUCACUCGAGAACUCAGUAAUCCCUCUUCUACUCAAAAGGAACGGAUCCUCGAAGCUCUGUUGGGAGGAUUUCACCGAACUUCUUCGACUUCGACGCAGCAUGCUUCUCGCGGUCUUGGUUUUACCGUGGCCACUUCGUUAUUGCCUUCCCUUUUCCAGGGACCUCCCGCUCCUGCCGUGGCUUCAUGGGUUGUACGCCAAAUUCGUUCCGCUUUGGGGGCAGCGUUGCCAUUGGACCAAAGAUGGCAUAAUUUAGUUGUACUCGCGAAGCUCUCGUCAAGAACACCCCCGCUUGAUACACCCAACGCGCCGAAUGAAACGACGAUACAAUGGGACGUUAUCACUUUCUUCAAAUAUCUAGAGCAAGGAAUAGAGCUAAAGUUGUCCUACCGACUAUCGACGGGGGCGGAUUCAAGCAUUCGCGAUCUCGUUCGGUCCUUCUGGACGGCUUGGAAGAAGGCAAAUCAUAACGAUCGUCCAAUCGACAUCACCCGUGCUAUCGUCGCAACAUUUUUUCGUUUGUCGACAGCGCUAGGAGACAGUCGCCUCAAAGAUGCGUGUCAUCGCUUUUGUAGCAACGAAGAUCUCUACAAAGCAGAUUUUCCCGGUGCUGCUUCGUCCUUCUCAGCCAGCCGCCUCAUCACAGAGUUCGCUAUGGCUUCCCUCGCUUCCAACCCGCAUUGCUGGUCAACCAUUAUAGCUCUAAUGGAGUACCGCACUCAAGAGUCAAGCUGGAAGGUCGAUCUCCUCUCAGCUGUGGUCGACUGCGCCAUACAGGACCAAGUAGCCUUGCCAACCGGUCUACAAGAAACUGCAUACUCACUCCUGGCGGACCCAUCCUGGCCCCUUGAACAACGUCGUCGGCUUCUGGACACUGCCCUCACUAUUUUCUACCUCUCUGGCACCGAGAAAUUCGCACGAGAUCAAGGGAGGAUCAUCGCCGAAGGUAUGCUCACAGUAUACGCUGCCAAUCAACCUUCUGUCAAGUCGAGAGAUGCCAUUCUGCGUGUCCUACGCCUAUUGAUUUCGUCCGAGAACACAUCAAUGGCCUUAGCUAUUGUCAGGGCCAUUCACAAGCAGUCGCCGAGGUUCUUCUGGAACGCACAGAUAUCUCAACUUGUGCAGGCUCUAAUUUACCACAGACAAUAUCGCUCGGCAGCUUCGAUUACGGCCACGUUGGGUCGUGCAUCCUCCGUCCGUCAGACGGUCUCCUUGAACAUGGCACGAGAGGGUGCGACUUCACUCUCACGACAGGUAUUUGCGUCAUAUACCGCUGGACGCCGUCUUACUGCAAGAGAAUCUAUGCUUCGCACCCUCAAAUUCCGGCCCCGUCACGCCGGUCGACUCCCCAUCCUCAGUGUUGUACCCAAAGCUUCCCGUGCCUUGCACGACCCCGAGCUUGUCAAAGAUUCGAUCUUUGCACUUGUGCACGCAAACCGCAUACUCGCUGCCAGAAAGUUAUUUCAACACACGGCCGGUAAGGUUGACAUUCAAGUCCGGACUGUUCUCGGCAACAUGAUCCUCCACGGUAUGGUUCACCGCCAGAAUAUUCGCAACGGCCGGCUUGUCCGCACUGUAUUGCGUACCGCCGAGUUGCUGGCUAGUCGGGACGGUUUUGUGAGAGAUAGGGUCACUAUCAACAUCCUGCUCAAAGCUGUCUUACGAUGGAGGUCGUUCGUGGAUGUUCAAAAGGUUAAGGCGCUCUUCGACCACAUGAUUCGCGGAGGGUACCCUGCUGCACUCAAAUUUCGUCCCAGAGGCGUCCCUUUCUCUACACCUCCAACCACCGUGACAACGCUAUCACUGCCGCCUUUACCUGCCCACAUUUCCUUCGUGAAACAUGUUCGGCCAAUGUACAAGAUGUUCAUUAAGGCCUUUCAUCUGCGGGGCGAUAGGCGUGCCGCUGCUGUGGUAGUUGGGAUUUUGAAGGCCGAAGAAGCAAAAGAGAGGGCCAGAAAGGAGGAGUUGAAUAGGAUCAUGGCGUUCGGGAAGUUGAAGGGCCAAGAGGCGGAGGUGAAGAAAACUCGCCGGUGA